AACAUCUCAUUCAAUUUCUUCCAAAAUUGAUGCUCUUUGAUUCAUCUCUCUCUGUGUGGGUGCCUUCUGUUUCCUCUUUUCGCCUCAAAUCAAACCCAAUUUCACCAAUCAAUGCUUCUUUUUCCCUCCCCCAGAAGUUUCUUCAAACCUUCCUUCCACUUUCUCCUCCCAAAUUUCUCCUUUUCUUCUUCCAAUCUCCAGUAGUUUCAACGGAGGGAGACAAGAAAAGGGGAAUCUGUUAUCUGGGUCUUCAUCCAGAUUCUCUCAAUUUUCUUCCAUUGAAGCAGAAUCAGUCGACAAUGUCCGCCGCCGCCGCCACUGCUGUUGGGAAGUUCGUCAAAUGCGUGACGGUUGGAGAUGGCGCCGUUGGGAAGACCUGCCUUCUCAUUUCCUACACCAGCAACACUUUCCCAACUGAUUAUGUUCCUACUGUGUUUGACAACUUCAGCGCCAAUGUUUUGGUUAAUGGGCAGUCUGUGAAUUUGGGUCUCUGGGAUACUGCUGGUCAAGAGGAUUAUAACAGGCUGAGACCUUUGAGUUACAGAGGAGCUGAUGUUUUCCUUCUUGCCUUUUCGCUCAUAAGUAGGGCCAGCUUUGAAAAUGUAUCCAAGAAAUGGAUCCCAGAGCUAAGGCAUUAUGCCCCAUCAGUGCCCAUUAUUCUUGUAGGGACCAAACUAGAUCUGAGAGACGACGGACGAUUCCUCUUGGACUAUCCCGGGGCACAUACAAUAUCGACGAAACAGGGCGAGGAAUUAAAGAAGCUUAUUGGAGCAGUGGCAUAUAUUGAAUGCAGCUCAAAGACACAACAGAAUGUAAAAGCUGUCUUUGAUGCUGCAAUCAAGGUGGUUCUUCAACCUCCAAAACCCAAGAAGCCGAAGAGAAAACAUCCAAUUUGCAACGUUCUCUAAUCAAGGUCAAGCCUCUCUUCACUUAACACAGUAGUUUGGUAUUUUAUCCCAUAUCACUUGUAAUUAAACUAUCUUGCAUGUUAACUUCUAUUAUACAUACAUAUCCAACUCGAUCUUUAUAGGAUGUAUUUUAACAGUUGUGUUAUUUUAUCGUAAUCGCUGGUUCUAUUCUUGAAUAUAAAGAGAUUUCCACUCGUUGUAAUAUAAGCUUCAUGGUCACCUCUACUCCAA